UCCAUUUCUUUUUCUAAUUUUAUAUAUCUGCGAUUGUUUGUGUGAUUUUACAGUGCCAGUAUGCCACGGAGACAAAAGUCCCAGCCAGAGGCAGCGCGCUUAUACAGACGGAUAUCAGCAUCUAGGCCCGUGUUGGAGUAUUUAUGUUUGCCAGAAGGUUUAAAUGCUCCAAAGUUUUGUGAAGUGAAGCAGAAUAUGUCGCGAAUUUGGAAACAGAAAACAGCCGAAGCAAAAGCGCUUGCCGAACCUCUGUCCUCCACAAUCACACAACUUAAAACCUCCUUAACCGAGUCAAAUUCCCAAGGUCUGCUCUCAGGCUGUAGUGUGCUCUUUGCAGCAAGGCCAGACCAAACCGAACUUCUCAACCGAACAUGCUUCGGCCGGCCCAUUAUUCCUGCAGAAAAGGAUAAGCAGUGGUUCCAACUGAGUCUUGAAGAAGCACUCUACUUGAGCUCCAUUGUGAAAUGCAUGAAGCUCGUGGGAGAAAAUAAAUCCGCCAAAAGCGAAGAAGAAUUAUGGUGUCACAUAAUGUCCAAGAGUUCUAAUUUUCCGGUUAUGUUCAAAGCAUAUUCCCAUCUCCGAAUGAAAAAUUGGGUGGUCAAAUCGGGGUCCUUGUACGGAGUUGACUUUGUUGCGUACCGGCACCAUCCAUCCCUGGUUCACGCUGAGUAUGCGGUUAUUGUUUUGUCGGAUGAGGGUGAAAGUAAAAACGGGCGGUUAAAUUCUUGGUCCGAUUUUCACUGCACCCUUCGGCUGUGUGGUGGGGUGGCAAAAACUUUGCUGGUGCUGCAUGUGAGGAGAAUGAAUGGUAAUGGCAGGAUUUGUGUGUCGAGUUUGGAUGAUUAUAAUGUGGAGGAGAGAAUUGUGAGUAGGUGGAAUGCGGAGAAAAGCCGUGAGGGUCCAACGCACUAUAUGGAAAUGUAUGUUCAGAGUCUUCAUCCGUUGUAUUUGGUACAAGAUGAUACUAUUUGGUUGGUUCCACGCGGUAUUUUGAUGAUGGCUUAUUAUCAUCUUAAGUUUGUUAAGGUGGUCAUUGCUCAUCAGAAAUUUCCAUUGUAUUCGCAACAUGGGCCAGACAGCCUUGGGCAUAUUUUUCCUAGGCCCGACAAGGAGCGGGUCUAAACGGACC